AAACCACUGACUGAAAAACGCCGUUAGAAAGUAGAAACGGCGUUUCUGCAAACUGGGAGAGCUUGUUUAUGGUAAAAUAAGAAUUUGGGAUUCGCUGCUGGCUAUUUGAAAUUCUUCAGGUGGACUAAACUCUGAAAGUGAUAGUGUGAUCGGCUCAGAAACGAUGAGCUCAACGCCAGGAACGCACUCGCUGGCCUUUAGAGUGAUGAGGCUAUGCAGACCGUCUUUACACGUGGAGCCUCCACUUCUUUUGGACCCCGCCGAUCUCUUCGUCGGCGAGGACAUUUUCGAUGAUCCAAUCGCCGCCUCCAAUCUCCCUUCUCUCUUAUCCAGCUACGUGGAUUCCACGAAAAACUCCUCCGAUCUCAGCUACCGCUCCAGACUCCUCCUCCAUGACCCCUCCGAUUCUAUCGGCCUUUCUGGCCUACUCGUCCUCCCUCAAGCCUUCGGGGCAAUUUAUUUGGGAGAGACAUUCUGCAGCUACAUUAGUAUUAACAACAGUUCAACAUUUGAAGUUAGAGAUGUUAUUAUCAAGGCAGAGAUUCAAUCGGACAGGCAAAGAAUACUCCUUUUGGAUACAUCAAAAUCACCUGUUGAAUCAAUACGGGCAGGAGGACGAUAUGAUUUCAUUGUAGAAUAUGAUGUUAAAGAACUUGGACCUCACACAUUGGUGUGCACGGCAUUGUAUAAUGAUGGGGAAGGAGAACGAAAAUAUCUUCCACAGUUUUUCAAGUUCGCUGUUACAAAUCCACUUUCUGUUCGGACUAAGGUCCGCAUUCUUAAGGAAAUUACAUACUUGGAGGCAUGCAUUGAAAAUCAUACAAAAGCAAACCUUUACAUGGACCAAGUUGAGUUUGAGCCAGCUCAGAAUUGGACUGCAACAAUGCUGAAAGCCGAUGAACCUGAAUCCGAAAAUAAUUCUCAAAGUAGCAAGAUAUUUAAGCCACCAGUGCUCAUCAGAUCUAGCGGAGGGAUUCACAACUAUCUUUAUCAGUUACGAAUGACUUCACAUGACUCCACACCUGUGAAAGUUCAAGGAAGUAAUGUUCUUGGAAAAUUUCAAAUUACAUGGCGUACAAAUUUGGGUGAACCUGGUCGCCUACAGACACAGCAAAUUCUUGGCUCUCCCAUCGCAAGCAAUGAGAUUGAGUUGACUGUUCUGGAGAUUCCAUCUGUUGUCAGAGUAGAUAGACCCUUCUCGUUACACUUGAAGCUUUCAAACCACAUGGAUAGGGAGCAGGGCCCCUUUGAAGUUUGGUUGUCAGAAAGUGAUUCCCGUGAGGAGAAAGUUGUUAUGAUUAAUGGGCUCCAGAUAAUGGUCUUACCUCGGGUAGAGGCUUUUGGUUCUGCAGAUUUUCACUUGAAUCUGAUUGCCACGAAACUUGGAGUUCAAAGAAUCACAGGUAUCACCUUGUAUGAGAAAAGAGAGAAAAAGGCAUAUAACCUAUUGCCUGAUUUGGAGAUAUUUGUGGAUCUUGAUUGAUUUAUUGGAUUGUUUCAAUCAGUCAAGUCUGCAAGAAGUUGAAUCAACACCAUCUUCGGGGGUGAUUUCUUUAAACUCAGCGAUGUCACAACGAGUAUCCUUAUUCAUCCAUGGGCUAUUUAUGAAUCAGAUGCAAAGCCCCAUGAAACCCCCCAUUCAUCUUAGCUUGUUGACUGCUGACAGCUUUUAGUGAUGAGCAGGUAUGGCAUGAUGCUGUGCUUUAACAUGAAGUCCAGUUUCUUUUAUUUAUGGUAACGCUUGUAGUGUUGUUAUUCAAGGAUGAAAUGUGAAAGUCCAAAUCUUGCCAGCACUUGAAUAUUAUUAUUAAAAUGAAUUGUUUCCAUACUUUUUAGAUUUAA